GUGAACAAGCCCAGUGCCUUUGAGAAAGAUAAAGCAGCUGUGGAAGGAGGCAAAAGGACGGGAGACCUCUUUUGCCAGGACUGGGCAAGUUACUGCUUUCCCCCUCCCUCCUCGAUGGCGCUUUGGCUGUGGCCCCUUCUGAUUUUCCUGAGGGCGGAGGACACAGGAGCGGAUGAUGUCGGUUUCCAGGCCUGUAAGAGUGCUGCUGGCGGCUUGAAAGUGCUGGAAGUGCUGCCAGGAGGUGGCUGGGACAACUUGCGCAAUGUGGAGAUGGGACAAGUGAUGAGCCUCAACUACUCCCUGUGCAGGACCACCGAAGAUGGUGAAUACCUCAUUCCUAACGAUGUCUUUGUGGUGCCCCUCAAGAAGAGCACAGUGGAAGUGCACUCCGAGCUUAUCGAGGACUGGAUGGCCUACGCAGAUGCCUUUGCUCAGUCUGUCAACGCGGAGGCUUCCUUCCUUUCUGUGCUGAAUGGCAAGUUCUCAGAGGGCUCCCAGAAGACCAAGAUGCACAAUGUCUACGACGAAACGAUCACCACACGGGUGCAGGCACGGUACCACAUCUACUCCGUGAAAGCUCGUCCGUCCUUCGCCUUCCAGAAGGACUUCCGCCACCAACUUGUGGACAUCGGCAACCAGCUGGAGAACAACCAGAGCAGAACCGCCGAGUACCUCGCAGAGAUGCUUGUCCUCAACUACGGCACCCACGUCCUCACAGAUCUGGAAGCUGGAGCCAGCUUAAUCCAAGAGGACCAGGUGAAGCGCAGCUUCGUGAUGGAUAAAGAGACAGAGAAAGGAGGAGUCACUGCCUCCGCGUCGGCCACAUUUUUCAGCAAGGUCAACGUGGGAAUCGGUGGCUCGGUGCAGAUCCAAGACGAGAUGACUAAAAGCUACCUGGAGAACACCGUGGACUCCAAGAUUGAAGGCUGGGGCAGUGUGCCUUUCUAUCCUGGCAUCACCCUCCAGAAGUGGCAGGAGGGCAUUCCCAACCAUUUGGUGGCUAUAGGCAAAGCCGGGUUGCCUCUGACGUUUUUCAUCACCCCCGAGGCCUUGCCGGAACUACCAGGACCUACCGUAAGGCAAGUGGCCACUGUGGUGGAGAAUGCCAUCCGCCUCUAUUACGCUGUCAACACCCACCCGGGCUGUGUCAAGCCUGACUCGGGCAACUUCAACUUCCAAGCUAAUGUGGACGACGGGUCGUGCCAAAAACCCAACACCAACUUCACUUUUGGGGGAGUCUUCCAGGACUGCCGUGGUGUAUCCGGCAGGAACACGGAAGAGCUUUGCCUGACUUACCGUACCCAGAACCCACUGACCGGCGGCUACUCCUGCCCUGGCAACUUUUCCUCUGUAUUGCUGCACAGAGAGGAACGUACAACCAGCAAGCCCCAAACCGAGUGCCACGAGGAGUGUCAUUCCUGCUGGCUCUUCUUUAGCUGCUGCGAGUCUGUGUGUGGCACCCGCUACUAUGCCAGCACGGUGCAGUUCAGUGCCUACUGGUGUGCUGCUACAGGAACAGUGCCUCAGGGCUCAGGUGUCCUCUUUGGAGGGCUGUAUAGUACUGGGCAGGAGAACCCGGUGUCCAGGACCUAUGCCUGCCCAUCCUACUUCUUCCCACUGGUCCUGUUUGAUAACCUCAAGGUGUGCAUCAGCAGCGAUUAUGAGAUGGGAUCUCGCUUUGCCGUGCCCUUUGGUGGCUUCUUUAGCUGCCAGGCGGGCAACCCUUUGGCUGGGCUGCUGAAAGGACAGAGCCCCGGGAUCCUCCGGGACUUUUUCUACCAGGACUCCCCUACCAAAUUCCCCAUGAAGUGCCCGACUGGAUACAGCCAACACAAGGCCUAUUUGAGCGACGGCUGCCAGAUCCUCUAUUGCUUGCAGGCUGGGACACUUUUUGGCCAGCGACUGGCUCCUGUCAAGCUGCCACCCUUCUUACGCGUGCCGUCCACCAACGCGAGCCUUCCCGAGACCAUCCUGGUGAGCUCCGACGACAGCCAGGCCUGGGUGAAGAUACGUCAAAGCGGGAACUGGAGACUGGCCAAUGCCACAGAUGAAAUGCAGAUGGCCCAACUUUUCCAAGUGAGUUCAGGACCAAGUGGGGGCACCGUUGCUGGAAUCUCGACGGCCGUGAUUGCUGUCUUGGCAAUAGCCAUUGCGAUAGCUGUUUACAGGGUCCGGCGUUGCAAGAACAGAGGAUACCAGGAAAUGCAAAACCCACAUAUAGCAGAAGACCAAGGCAGCUAUGGAGCCACCACAUCGGCUCCACAACUCAGUGCUGCUUGAGGCAUCCUUUGUCCCUGGACCCCUGAGAUAAAGACGAAUAUUUUCAGGGUGGGGGUGGUGGAAUAUGAGCCCAAGAAGCAAGGGGAAUGAUCACUUCUGAUGGGGGAGGGGGAGGGGAGAAGCUAGUAUGAACUU